AUGGUGCUAAAUGUUGAGAUAGUCUCCAAACAUAUGAUUAAACCCUCAUCUCCAACACCCCAUCACCUGAAAAAACUCAAACUCUCCUUCUUAGACCAGAUUGCACCACCAGUUUACGUUCCCAUCAUUCUCUUCUAUCCUCCUCAGUUGGGCUCCAAGAUUGAUCCUACCCAAAAACCUAAAUCUCUGAAACAAGCAUUAUCAGAAACCCUAACUCAGUUUUACCCAUUAUCUGGAAGGAUCAAAGAUGAUUUUUUCAUUGAUUGUGAUGACACUGGAGUUAAGUAUGUUGAAGCUCAAGUCCAUGCUCAACUCUCAGAAGUUAUUGCAGAGCCAAGCAUGGAGGAAUUGAAACAGUUCCUCCCUGUAGAACCUUAUAGCAGUAUUGAAACUGUGAAGGAGACCCUCCUGGCCAUUCAGAUAAACUUUUUUGACUGUGGUGGGAUGGCCAUCGGCGUCAAUAUGUCUCACAAGAUCGCCGAUGGAUCUUCGUUGAUCAACUUCAUGAAUGCAUGGGCUAGUAAAUCAUGUGGAGAUAGCAAAAAUUUGAGUCCUGAUUUUGACCAGAUUGCACCACCAGUUUACGUUCCCAUCAUUCUCUUCUAUCCUCCUCAGUUGGGCUCCAAGAUUGAUCCUACCCAAAAACCUAAAUCUCUGAAACAAGCAUUAUCAGAAACCCUAACUCAGUUUUACCCAUUAUCUGGAAGGAUCAAAGAUGAUUUUUUCAUUGAUUGUGAUGACACUGGAGUUAAGUAUGUUGAAGCUCAAGUCCAUGCUCAACUCUCAGAAGUUAUUGCAGAGCCAAGCAUGGAGGAAUUGAAACAGUUCCUCCCUGUAGAACCUUAUAGCAGUAUUGAAACUGUGAAGGAGACCCUCCUGGCCAUUCAGAUAAACUUUUUUGACUGUGGUGGGAUGGCCAUCGGCGUCAAUAUGUCUCACAAGAUCGCCGAUGGAUCUUCGUUGAUCAACUUCAUGAAUGCAUGGGCUAGUAAAUCAUGUGGAGAUAGCAAAAAUUUGAGUCCUGAUUUUGGUAUCGAUUCGUCACCCUUUCCACCAAGAGAUUUAUCUGGGUUCGAACCAAAUGCUGUCAUAAGCAAAGAGAAGAUUGUGACCCGAAGAUUUGUGUUUGAUAAAUCAAAGUUAGAAACUCUCAAGAAAUCUGCAUGCUCUGCUGCUGAAUCAACAGUGAAGGAUCCGACCCGGGUUGAAGCCGUAUCAGCUUUCAUCUGGAGCCAUUUCAUGGAGGUUGCCAAUGCCAAAGCUCAAAUGGAUUCAAAAAAGCUAUUUGCUGCAGUUCAUGCAGUGAACUUGAGGCCCAAGAUGCAUCCACCCAUUUCUAAACAUGCCUUUGGAAAUCUAUGGAGUUUUGCUCUUGCAGUGUCAAAGCCUGAGGAAGACAAAGAUUAUCAUGAUCUGGUUUUCAAGCUCAGGAACGCGAUAAGGAAGAUCAAUGGAGACUACGUGAAAAAACUCCAAGAUGGAGAGGAGUAUUUGAACUAUUUGAAACGAUCAAAAGAGCAGUUUUCUCGAGGAGAUUUAGAGUUCUGUAAUUUUAGCAGUUGGUGUAGAUUUCCUGUGUACGAAGUGGAUUAUGGCUGGGGCAAACCUGUUUGGGUCUGCACUACAGCCAUGCCGUUCAAGAACGUGGUGAUAUUGAUGAGUACAAGGGAUGGGGAUGGGAUUGAAGCGUGGGUGAACAUGGUUGAAGACAACAUGGCCAUGCUUGAACAUGAUCACAAGCUUCUUUCACUUGCUUGA